CCGAGCUUCGCCGGAAGAGGAGGGACGUGAGGGAGUGUUUACAGAAAGAAGCGAAAGCGCCGCGGAGCCGCCGGGACCGGACCGGGAUCAUCGGGAUCGGUAUUGUCGGGAUUCUCGGGAUUACCGGCAUCGGUAUCGAGAUCGAGGAGAGGGUCCAAAGCCCUCCAGGCUCAGCCGGGGAUGUUCCACGGCAUCGCGGGCCCGGCCGGGAUGGGCGCGCCCGGGAAUAAACCGGAGCUUUAUGAGGAGGUGAAGCUCUACAAGAACGCCCGGGAACGGGAGAAGUACGACAACAUGGCCGAGCUGUUUGCGGUGGUGAAGACGCUGCAGGCUCUGGAGAAGGCGUACAUCAAGGACUGCGUCACCCCCAACGAGUACACGGCGGCGUGCUCGAGGCUCCUGGUGCAGUUCAAGGCGGCGCUCAAGCAGGUGCAGGGAGGGGAGAUCGGCAACAUCGACGACUUCUGCCGCAAAUUCCGGCUGGAUUGUCCCCUGGCCAUGGAGCGGAUCCGCGAGGAUCGGCCGAUCACCAUCAAGGACGACAAAGGGAACCUGAACCGCUCUCUGUUGGGAAUUUUGCAGCUUUUCAUCACGGUCAUGGACAAACUGCGCCUGGAGAUCCGCGCCAUGGACGAGAUCCAGCCGGACCUGCGGGAGCUGAUGGAGACGAUGACGAGGAUGAGCGCGCUGCCGCCCGACUUCGAGGGACGCCAGAAAGUCAACUUGUGGCUGCAGACGCUGAGCGCGAUGUCGGCCUCGGACGAGCUGGACGAUUCCCAGGUGCGCCAGAUGCUCUUCGACCUCGAGUCCGCCUACAACGCCUUCAACCGCUUCCUGCACGCCUGAGAGCGCCGCAGACCAGUCCAAACCAGUCCAAACUGGUCCAAACCGGUUCAGACCAGUCCAAACUGGAGCCAGCAGAAGUUUGGGAUAAUAAAUGGGAGGAGAAAAAUCCCAAAAAUCCCCCAAAUCCGG